CCAUUAUUUAACCCAUUCUCUCUCCUUGAUUUCUCUCUCUACACCCACCACACACUCAAAAACAACAAAAAUAUGGGCUUCAAAGAGGGCGGACUGUGUCACCUCACCACCGCUACAACCGCCGUCACCUUUUCCGAUGCUGAUACUCAGCCCCUAGCUUUGAGCCAAUCAUCCAACGUCAAUCAAACACUUUCGCUACUUCAAUCCGAUGAUGUGAAUUUGAGAGUCCAGGCGGCGGUGGAGAUCCGACGGCUUACUAAGACCUCGCAGCGCUACCGCCGUCAUUUCUCCGGCGCCGUGAAGCCACUUGUCGACAUGCUUCUUUGCGACUCUAUUGAAGCCAAAGAGGCGGCCCUCGCUGCUCUUCUUAACCUCGCAGUCAAGGAUGAAACGAACAAGAUAAACAUCAUAGAUGCCGGUGCCUUAGAACCAAUCAUCGGCUUCCUUCAGUCAGAGGAUCCAACUCUAGAGGAGCAUGCUAUUGCAGCUUUGAUCACCCUUUCUGCAUCAUCUGUGAACAAACCAAUCAUCAGUGCGUCUGGUGCCAUCCCUCUUCUUGUUGAAACUCUAAGACAUGGGAGCUCACAAACUAAAUCUGAUGCUGUAAUGGCCCUUUACAACCUAUCCACACAUCCAGAAAAUGUUAGCCUGAUUCUUCAAACGGAACCAAUUCCUCCCUUAGUUGAUUUGCUUAAAUCCUGUAAGAAGUCUUCAAAAACAGCAGAAAGAUGUACCGGUUUAAUAGAAUUGUUAGUGGGUUUUGAAGAGGGAAGAACUAUUCUUACAUCUGAAGAGGGGGGAAUACUUGCAGUUGUAGAAGUGCUUGAAAGUGGGUCACUUCAAAGCCGGGAGCAUGCUGUGGGAACACUUUUGACAAUGUGUGAGAGUGAUCGUUGUAAGUAUCGAGAACCGAUUCUUAGAGAAGGUGUCAUCCCGGGACUUCUUGAGCUCACAGUUCAAGGAACACCCAAGUCUCAGUCAAAAGCACAAACGCUUUUGCGUUUGCUGAGAGAUAAUCCUUAUCCACGGUCUGAACUUCAACCCAAUACACUUGAGAAUAUAGUAUGCAAUAUUAUAUCUCGGAUUGAUGGGGAGGAUCAAACAGGGAAAGCAAAGCAGAUGCUAGCCGAGAUGGUGCAAGUUAGCAUGGAGAAGAGCUUAAAACAUUUACAGCAACGGGCACUGGUAUGCACUCCAGCUGAUCUGCCUAUUAGUAAUUGUGCUUCCGAAGUUCCAUCGAAAUGAUUGUGUUAACUUAUCGUACUUCAUGCUUGAGUUUACCCUGUAUUGGUCAUUGUGUGAGAUCAAAUUGUCUAUAGAAAAACAUAUAGCACUAAAUGCCAGUCCAGGCCUUUGUUGUUGGUACGGUGUGACUGGUAAGUGUUAAUAAACUGAAUUAUUUUUAGGACGUGGAAAUAUAGUACUUUCCAGUUUUUUGUACUGCGUUUAAUACUCUGUAUUGGAAGUUGUACGAGAAGUAAAGGUUUUUGUCUAUACUUCUAAGCUAUAUUCUUGUGGUAAACUUCCUAUAGGAUUUAAGUAUAUGUGUAAUUAUAAGGAUGAAGAUGCUGAUUAUCUUAGUUUCUUGAUGGGAUUUGUUUGA